CAUUCUCUUUUCCGGCAGUAACCGAGUAGGAAGCAUUUUUGUCGUUCGUGUCGAAAAAUAGUGAAUUAGUGCCGAAAAUCUUGCUGAUUUUCCAUUUCGGAACGUUUAGACCGAGUGCAUUUCGACUGCAAGUGUGGAAUGAAUGUUUCUAGUUCCGAGCUACGGUCAAAUUCGCUGGCCAGCUGAGGUAAUUUUGAGUUUUUUCUCUGGGCGAGUCCACAGCAGCUACGGAUUGCUUGUGUUGCGAUUUUCAAGAUGGCGGCGGCUGCUCUGUACGAUGAUUAAAAAAUGAAUGAAGGUGAUUCAGCGGGAGGGCAAAGAGGUCGUAACCUAGCCCUUCCUGCUGGGACUGACCGCAUAAUAUCAAGCAUAAGUAGUGCAGGCCAGUUGCCCGUACUAGGGCCUGAGGUUGCCGCAUCACCAAUGUCCCGUUCGCCUGCCGACGAAAGACAGCACAACUUUCAGCAGAUUCAACAGCAAAUGCAGAGCACUUCCCCUGUGUCAGGACAUUUGGGCAAGCCUCUCAUUCAACAGCAGCAGCAACAGUUCACAAACAAUACGGUCAGUUUAAUUCCAGCCGGCACUGUUAUCGGUGCUGGUGGGGCUUUGAACUUCAAACAGCAGCAGCAAUUCUUAGUGACAUCAACGAACAGUGCUUCUAACGUUUUACUAAGUAGUGUCAGCAAUACUGGUAAUGAAACAAACAAUUCUGUCGUUAUCGGCGCACAAUUGGCUAGCAGUGGAAUCAUAGGAAGUGGAAAUAACAAUAACGCAACAAGUGCAAGUGGAUUAAUAUCAGCCAAUCAAGUUCAUCAAGUCGGUGGUAUAAACUCUGGUGGGGGUAAUACGUUCGUUCACCAACAAGCGCCAAGUGUUUUAGUGCCAGCGUUAGCGAGUGCAGGCCCAGUAGUAGGGCCUAUCGGGUCUUCGGUUCCCGUUUCGCCUACUGCCCGGAAGAGACUGAAGCUAGAACCAAUUCCUGUUGUGUUCGAGGUGGAACAUGAUAUUUCUGCUCUCAAGAAACUAAUUUUGGAGCACAAGUAUAUGAGAUUAAGGAGCAUUAAGGAAAAGUACUCUGAACAUGUAGCGGAACUGUUUUUUCUUCAGUCCGGUGGUACUAUGAUGGAAUAUCCUGCAUGGAGAAAGAAACCACAUACGCCAGCUUUUUUGAACUUUAUGAGAACGUACAAGUUAGAACCCUUAUCGUCCAAUCUGGAAGAAGCAGGAGAAAUACUUAAACAGCAAUCAAGUCGAUCGCUAUCGUCGUCGGUAGCGAGUACCAAUUCGUCAAACUUACCGCAAGGAGCAGAAAUUAAAAUUCCAGGUGUAGGAGCGACGCCCGUAGCCGUGUCGACACAACUACCGGCCGCAGUGGCUCAGCUGAGUCAGCAGGGCGGCACCCCCAUCAUUCCGGACCCAAUCGGAAUAGGAGCAACGCCGACCAUCGAGAAGCGGAAGCACGUGCAAACGGUUUCUAUUGCAUCUGCGGCGGCUUCAUCGUCUUUGGGAAUCUUAGCCUACACCUCUGCAUCGGCCAGUGGAAGCGGUCUGGUGCCGGUGGAAAGCGGUGGUUCGGCAUCCGGAAGUGGCAACAGUGGAACCUCCAAUGCACAGCAUAAUGGAACCUCUUCGAAUGGUACGGCCGGUGGCAAUGGCCAAGAUCAGUACACCAACAAAGCCAAACAAGAAGUAUACGUGAUGCAACGGAUACAGGAACUCCAAAAGGAGGGACUAUGGAGCGAAAGGCGGCUACCCAAGCUGCAAGAACCUCAAAGGCCAAAGGCGCAUUGGGAUUACCUUUUGGAGGAAAUGGUUUGGUUAGCAGCCGAUUUCGCUCAGGAACGAAAAUGGAAGAAAGCGGCUGCCAAAAAGUGUGCUCGGAUGGUCCAGAAGCAUUUUCUUGACAAAGCCAUGGCAGCACAACGUGCUGAAAAGGCUCAGGAGCAACAAUUAAAGCGUAUAGCGGCAUUUGUUGCGAAGGAAAUAAAAAUAUUCUGGGGUAAUGUCGAGAAACUAGUCGAAUACAAACAGCAAACCAAACUGGAUGAAAAACGAAAAGUGGCUCUUGACCAGCAGCUCAGCUUUAUCGUGGAUCAGACCGAAAAAUACUCUCAACAGCUGGUGGAAGGUAUGAACAAACCCAAAGCGAUUCAGGAUCGUAAUACCAGCAAAGCUAAUAGUUUGAGCUCUAGUCGCGUGCCCUCGCCUCAGCCUAAGAAUGCUUCCGAUGAUGAAUUUCGUCCAGACAGUGAGAUAUCUGACGACGACGAGGAGACGAUUGCCAAAGCUGAAGCGGAAGCAACUGGAACCAACGAAGAAGUUGCAGCCCUGCAGAAGGAAUCCGAAAUGGAUCUGGAUGACUUCCUCAAGAACCUGCCGAAAGACUAUUUGGAGAACAGGGAUAAAAUCGUUCUUUCUGAUCCGGAAGAAAGUGAAAAAGAGAGCGAAUCCAAUGACAAAGAUUUCUCCGCAGCCGAGAAUAGUACUGACGACGAGAAUACUAUCAUGGAGCAAGAGAAGCAAGAACGCAAUCAGGACCACAAGAAAGAAAUUGAUGAACUAAACGCGGAAAAUGAAAUGAGUAUAGAAGAGUUGAUGGCGAAAUAUAAUCGGCCACCACCUGGGCGAUCGGUCGAGAAGAUGGAAGUCGACUCGGACGACGACAAAAGUGACUCGGAAGAAGAGUCUGAUUCGUCCCAAGCCGAUGACGAUGACGAACAGUUGUCUUCAUCGGAUGAGGACAUGAACGAAGAGCUGAAGGAUAACGAUGACGAGGAAAUCGGUUUAAAGAAUCUGCUGGACGACGAAAUGGCCGGUAAAAGUCAGAGCGAAAAGGAUGAAAUCCUGAACGAUGCGGCUGCGAUCGCCGAGAGCAUUCAACCGAAGGGAAAUACCCUGUCAUCGACCAGUGUUGUAACGCCAAUUCCUUUUCUGCUGAAACACACUCUCCGUGAGUAUCAGCACAUCGGUUUGGAUUGGUUGGUGACGAUGCACGAUCGGAAACUCAAUGGAAUUUUGGCUGACGAAAUGGGUCUGGGUAAAACGAUUCAGACUAUUUCGCUGUUGGCUCACUUGGCAUGCGUAAAGGGUAAUUGGGGCCCCCAUUUGAUUAUUGUACCUUCUUCGGUGAUGCUAAACUGGGAGAUGGAGUUCAAAAAAUGGUGUCCUGGGUUCAAGAUUCUGACUUACUAUGGUUCGCAAAAGGAACGCAAGCUUAAGAGAACAGGCUGGACCAAAGUGAAUGCGUUCCACGUCUGUAUAACAUCGUACAAGUUGGUUAUCCAGGACCACCAAAGCUUCCGGCGAAAAAAGUGGAAAUAUCUUAUCCUGGACGAGGCACAAAACAUCAAAAACUUCAAGUCACAGCGGUGGCAACUGCUUUUGAACUUCCAGACGGAACAACGGCUCCUACUAACGGGAACGCCUCUCCAAAACAACCUGAUGGAGCUGUGGUCGCUGAUGCACUUCCUGAUGCCACACGUUUUCCAAUCCCAUCGAGAGUUCAAGGAGUGGUUCUCGAACCCGAUGACGGGGAUGAUUGAAGGCAACUCGGAGUACAACGAGAACAUAAUCAAGCGCCUUCAUAAGGUAUUACGCCCAUUUCUACUGCGCCGGUUGAAAUCCGAAGUGGAAAAACAAAUGCCAAAGAAAUAUGAACACGUGGUCAUGUGUCGGUUGUCCAAGAGGCAGAGGUUUCUGUACGACGACUUCAUGAGUCGAGCGAAAACCAGAGAAACGCUUGCUUCGGGCAACCUUUUAAGCGUGAUCAAUGUGCUGAUGCAGCUCCGAAAGGUUUGCAAUCACCCCAACAUGUUCGAGGAGCGACCCACAAUUUCACCAUUCCGAAUGGAAGGGAUUAACUUCCGGACUGCUUCCUUGGUUUACAAUAUGUUGAAUUAUGAUCCCUUCACGCAAAUUGACCUGUCUUCCCUAAAUCUCGUGUUGAUCAAGUUGGAACUGGUGUUGUCUGCCUAUGUGGCCUACCGAUCCCAACGGUUAUGCAUGCCAAAGCGGUUGAUCGAGGAGAUAGAUUCAACACCAGAACCGCCACCACGAUGUCCGACGGGCAGACUUCGACUGCACGUUCGUGUGCCAAAUUUGCGAGUUCAGGAAACGAUCAGCAACAGCACUGGAGUCCGAGUUGGAACCAGUCCAGCCAUGAAGACUGAAGGAACGCGUUAUGUUCCGCUUGUAAAUUCUUCGCUAGUAGAUAGGAAACCUUUGAUCGAAGUGAUCAGCUCGCAACCGGCUGCAGCGUCGGGAGCGAUUCCAAUCGACGACCCACAGUUGUCGAAUGUAAAUCUACGUAAACGAUGUGAUAUGAAUAGUGGUAUCAGCAGUAGUGUUAGUAAUAUUAGUACUCAUAGUAAUAGAUUCAGUGCUGGGCACGUAGCGCAAAUUGUGCAAACUUCCUCUGGAAGGCAGUUAAUUUUAACGCCGAGUAGUAGCACUUCAUCUACGCUUAUGACACCUAGUGGACAACGUCUAACAGUGGUCAAUAGAAUAAGUACUCCCCCCUCUACGUCCAAUGUUGUCAGUAGCAUAACUCAAUCUCAGACAACGGGCGCCCAAAAUGUUCCUUCUGCUGCAAGUCCGAUUUCAUCGACGUUAGCAACUUCGAUAGUGCAACAAUUAAGGCAUCAUUCCUACUCAUGUGCUGCCACCAGCCUAACUCCCGAAGAGUUGGAACAGAAAAUCCGUACCGAGUUUUACCUGGCUAGUGUGGAAGAGUCGCGCAAAGAGCGGAGAAGCCAAAUCCUAGAGCUGCUGGGUAGAAUGAAUCAGAAACGGUGCGACGUAGUUCCGAUCUAUGGAAGCGAUUUGUGCGAAUCUGUUGCACAGGCGCUCGAUGAAAGUUUCUUGGACGUUGAUGCGGUUCCAAUGAUCUCGCUAGGACCUUACUACUGCCAACGAGCUUGUCAGAGCGUCAGUUCAAGUCUGGCGAAUGCCAUCAAAUCCAUCGAGCAACGAACGGAAGAGUUUCGCUCGGUGCUGAAUAAUUUUGUCAUUUAUGUACCUGCAGUAUGUGCUCCGGCACCAAGUAUUCACGUGUCGCAUCCGUAUCCUUCCCGAACGAACGAAGAACAAGACAAAGAUGAGACGAUUCAGGAAAUGUUUAAGCCAGUUUUAAGGAUAUUGCAUCCGAUAAUAUCAGCGAUGAGCACUCAGUUUCCAGACCCUCGUCUCAUUCAGUAUGACUGUGGGAAGCUACAAACGUUGGACCGACUGUUGAAGCAGCUCAAGUCAGGCAGCCAUCGAGUGUUGAUAUUCACGCAAAUGACCCGCAUGCUGGAUGUGUUGGAAGCAUUUCUAAACUAUCAUGGUCACAUAUACUUGCGGUUGGACGGUACUACCAAAGUCGAGCAACGGCAACUGCUGAUGGAGCGGUUCAACGGAGACAGGCGAGUUUUCGUCUUUAUCCUUUCCACGCGAUCUGGCGGAGUUGGCAUCAAUCUUACCGGUGCUGAUACUGUGAUAUUCUACGACUCCGAUUGGAACCCCACUAUGGAUGCUCAGGCGCAAGAUCGGUGUCAUAGGAUUGGACAGACCAGAGACGUCCACAUUUACCGAUUGGUUAGUGAAAAGACCAUCGAAGAAAAUAUUCUUAAGAAAGCCAAUCAGAAGAGAAUGCUCGGAGAUUUAGCCAUCGAGGGAGGAAACUUCACUACGGCAUUCUUCAAAAGCUCCACUAUUCAAGAUCUGUUUACGGUGGAUGUCGUGGAGGAAGAUGCAACAACACGUUUGGCGGAGGUUAUCGAUCGAGAUCGAGAGCGUAAAGAACGACUGAAUCAGAGCAUGGCGGCAGGAACGAGUUCUACCGUCGUUGCUGUACCGAGUUCAAGUGGAGCGCAAGAAGAGUCUAAAUCUGCAAUAAAUGUUUUCGAAUCAGCUCUGGCAGCUGCUGAAGAUGACCAAGAUGUGCAGGCGGCCAAGUUUGCUAAGGCUGAGGCGUCAGCUGAUUUGGAAGAAUUUGAUGAAAAUAUUCCAAUUGAUCAAGAACCCAAGGAAAAGGAGCCAGAAAUGAGCAAGGCCGAAAAGGAGGUUCAAAAUCUCAUCAAACAGUUGAGCCCUAUCGAACGUUACGCGAUGCGAUUUGUCGAAGAUACGGAAGGCACUUGGACGGCGAUGCAGCUGAAGGCUGUCGAGGCUGAAAUCGAGCAGCAGAAGCGAGAUUGGGAGGCGAAUCGGUUAGCCCAGCUGAAGCGAGAAGAGGAAGCUGCGCGGCAGCUGGAAGCAGAGGAGAACGACCUUCUCACGUUCUCUCGGGAGGAUGCAAGCAAUCAGAUUUGGAUAUCGGAUAACACCAUGGAGAAAAUGCCGAUGUGGUGCCCACCAACGCCGCCGCAAGAUGAUAACGAUAUUUAUGUGGAUCAUGCUCUUGGGUUUCUGUACGAAACGGAAAUUAUUCCGGAAUCCCAACUGCCAUCGGUUUACGUGAAGAAGGAAUACAAACGAAGCCGAUCUGAAGCUGGUUUCUUCUCCGAUGGUCGUCGUCCGGUCAAGAUUCGGAAAGAGGAUACCUACUAUGCACCACGGUCCCUCUUCGAUCGUCCUUCACCGCAUCAGGCAAAACUACGCAAAGAUUACAAGCUACAAAGAUACAAAGGUAUUAUUAAGCCCUUCCCAAUGGUCGGUUUGAAGCAGACGCCGGUCGUCAAGCAACAAAUUGAACCGGAAGGUAUGCCGGAAUGGAUGAUUCAUGAAGACAUGGCCAUGCUCAACGUUAUUCAGAACCUACAAGGGCUGCCGUUGAAUCUGAUGCUAGUUUCUCCUGGUCAUACACCCAAUUGGGAUUUGGUUGCAGACAUUGUGAAUCAAAGUUCACGAACCUAUAGGCUUCCGAAGCAGUGUCGUUACCGAUACGAAGCAGUUAUCAUCCCUCGGGAGGAAGGAAAGUUACUCGAAAGUCCGAAGAAGCAGAAGAAGAAUAAGAAUCCACUGAAAUCGACUCCUCCGAAAGGAAUGCGCGCAAUGCGAACUGCUCAACUUUUCACGGGCGAUGGCAAUAACUCAUUCAUCAAGCUAUCAAACGUUAAGUUUGAAAACAUCAAACUGGCGUUCAGUAAGAAAGCUCCGCAUGCAAAACAGGUGACGGCCAACCCGCAAAUGAAAAAUCCGAAACACGCAGCAGUGUUGGCGGAAUAUGGCAUCACUGCUUAUGAUACACCACUGACACCGGUGGAGAUUGCAACGCGCCGAGCCGAGAGGAUAUCCAAGGAGAAGCAGAAGAGUGCCGUGAUGAUGCAAGGUCAGGAACAACAACAGCAGCAGCUCGCACAGCAACAACAGCAGCAGCAACAACAAAUACAGCAACAGCACCAAAGCCAAGUACAAGCAGUUCAACAAGUUCAGCAAGUUGUCCAAUCACAGGCACAUGUCAUCCAGCAGCAAGUAUCGCAACAAAUUCAAAUCCAACCACACGCUCAACAGCAUAUUGCAACGGCAGGGACCGGUGGUCAAGUUCAGCAAGCAACGAUCGUCGUUUGUGCUGUGGGAACCAGUGCCACUCCGACCGUGGCAACACUUGUGCAAUCCCCAUCAAUACAGGCCGGACGCGCUCAACCUGUGGUGAAUAUAUGCCCCAGCCCGAAUCAGCAGCAAAUUGUGAAGGCAAUAGUCGCCAGCCCUUCAAAUCAGAACAUUAUCACUCAGCAGAUAGCCGUUGCGCAAAGUAAUCCACAGCAGCAAGUUUCGGUAGUGCUCACUACCCCUGUAACGACCAUGUCGGCUAACCAGGUUCAACUUUCCCAGCCACAAAUUGUGUCAAUCCAUCAGUCCUCUCCACAGAUCAUUCAAAGUAGUCCCGCUGUGACGCAAGCUACAAAUUCUAUUGUUCAGACUUUGGCCACUCAAUCGUUACCCCAGGUUGUGUCUGUUGCCCAGCUGGCAACUGUCGGUACAGUCAUGACAACGGGAAGUUCAUUACAACAAUCUCAGGUUGCGACAUUAACAACAUCUGCUUUGCGAGCCCAGAGAAUUGUUGCGCCGCCUGGAACUCUACAAGAAGUGGUCCUUCAUCAGCGAUCUGGAUCUCAGAGCCCCACGGUUGUCAGUGUCAGUGGCUUGGGGCAAGGCCUAACGCAAGCUCAGCUGCAGACGGCACAACUUCGUUUGUCGAUGGCUGGUCAGCAAGUCUCUGGAGUCGUUGCCAAGGGCAUUUCCGUGGGAACCGUUACGAGUGCGGGAAAACCGAUCAACACAUCCCAAAUACAAUUCUACCGACAGCAACCCAUUAGACAACAGCUGAAGGUUUUGCAUCCGAGCGCAGCACAAGGAGGAACAACGGUUCUUCAACAGGCUGGAGGUCAACCGACUUUGGUAAGUCCUGCCAUAAUUCAGGGCAAUAUCAUCCAAACAGGUACGGUAGGGCAAGCAGUACAAGUACAAUCAGCCGGACAGAAAGUGUCAGUCGCCACGGUUAGUACUAGUUCCGCAGCGGCUGUUACUACAACACAUGCAGGAACAAUAGCCACAGUCCAGGUUGCCCCUGGGCAACAAAGAACUCAGUUCAUUAAGCAGGUUGGAACGAAGCAGAUGAUAACUCGGCCGGUUACUGAAGGUGAGAUGCAAAUGAUGAUGAAACGACAAAUUAUCAGUCAACAGCACAAGCAGCAACUUAUGCCCCAAACACAGAUUUUUGCUCCUGCCAAUUUGCAAGUCCAGCAGGCUGGAACUUCCGGCCAGCAAAUUGCAACACUUGUUAAAACUUCUUCGGGAACGGUAGCAGCUACUGGAAUGACGUUGUCUCAGGUGAAACCUGGCCAGCUGAAAACAAUAAGCAAUCCAAGUCAGGUUCGACAAAUUCAUCUUCAACAGCAAAUCAUUGCUGCCCAGCGUAAAACUGGAAAAAUGACUCAGAUCACGCAGGUGGCCGGAAAAAGUGGUCAACCAACGCAGCUUUUCGUGCAAGGUCCUAAGAAUCUACCUGCAGGAACUGUUACUGUUCAACAGAUACAGCAAGUUAUCCGACAUGCGCAGCCUGCAUCUCUUGCCGCUGGUGGACAAAUCGUGCUGGGUAAAAACAGUGUCGGACGGGUCAUUCCGGUGUCAGUGUCACAACAGGCCAACCAACGGCAGACCAUUCAAGUUGUGACCGCAACUUCGGCUGCCCAAGCAAUUGCAGCUGGCAACAUCCGAGCCCAUGUUCCCACUCAGAACAUCGGGACCAUUAAGGUGGCCGCCGGAGCUACUCCAGCUCAACAGCAGCAGGCUAUUCUGACUGCAUUGCAGAAUCAGCAGCGCCAAAACGCAAGUCCAGUGCGAUUGCAAACGUCUAGUGGAUCAUUAGUGGCCGUAACGGUUCAGCAACCUCAAGCGAUGGCAUCCGCUACUAGUGCAGCCGAGCUGCAGCAACAGACGCAACAGGUUGUUUCAGCUGGCACAUCUCAGACGCAACAAACGCAAACCGCCACUCAAGUACUGCAAAUCCAAGCUCAGCCGCAACAGAUAAUUACGACUGCAACUGGUGACGGAUCAAAUGUAGGCGUUGUGCAAGCGCAACAAGUACAAGUGCAACAAGCGCAAUCUUCUGUUACUGUUCAGCAGCAGGUGAGUAUGAUUAAGAAAAAACAAUCUCCCAGUGGGAAGUAGGGGAGAGGUAAAUGUUCGAUUUUUGUGUGCAUUGUUCGUGACUAAAAGUGUAUGUUUUUGUAUUGAGGAACUUGUAGAUGUGAUACUAUUCUAUCUGGUUCAUCAUUAUGAGUGUAAUGUUCAAAAGUUCUUGAAACCAAUUGGAAUUAAAUGAAAUCAGCAAAAUUUUUUGAAGAGUUCCUCAACACCAGGAUAAAAAUGUAAUCUUGUGUAAGUUUUAAACUUGCUCCUCAAUGAACCUAAUGCCGUAUCUUGGUUUGAUACUUUCUUUCUAGCCUAAGUAAAACGUCUCUCAGUCAUUGAUGGAUAACGUACUUCUAACCAACGGUCGCAAUUUUACACAUAUGUACUCACAUUCAAAUGCUAUUCACUUCAAUGAAAGUUGUUGGUUUUAUGUAAUAACUGAAGCUAGUUUAUCACUCGUGUUGGUUUUAUGUUAAGAACAUAAAUCCGAAGGAUUCAUGCAAAGUAGAACAAUGAAAUUAAAUUUGUUAAAUAAAGGCUAUGAUUUUUUCUUAUUUGCAUGAUAUCCUUAUCAUAUUAAAAAAAAAAAAUUAUAAAUCCAUGUCAUUCCUACGUAGGAUUGAAAAACAAACCCAAAUUUAACAUAAUUGCUUUUGGUCACUGAAUCUCACCCUUAACCAUUGGAAUAAAAUCUAAAAUUGUGGCAUCAGAUUCUAGAUCAGGAUAGUCCUGAAAUGAAAAACAUAAAUAGACUGUUAUAUUAUUGAAGGCAGUUUACUCACUGCGUUAUAAAUAAUCGAACUAAUGUUUCUUUUUGCGAAGCUUCCAUACAUGGGUACUAGUUUUAAAUAAAUUAGGGUUAGAAGUGAGCUUCAGGUACAUUCAUAGCGAUAUCGUUGCUCUUGUAAAUGGUUUAUUUAAAUAUUUAAUCUCCGACUUGUGUAAUAUAUGAAAGUAUUAUUAGAAAAUAUUCACUUGAAAUAUAAGUUAAAAUCUACUGAAUAAA